UCUCUUCGUCUGUUUUUUUCUUUAUUGUGUACUAAAUUAGAGAUUCAUUUCAUUCUCUGCAAAAAUGUCUGGCUGGGAUUCAUACAUUGACAACUUGAUUGCCCACUGCAAGGACUGCAAGGGCGAGUCCCACUGUGACAAGGGCAGCAUCAUUGGGUUCAAUGGCGCUAAGUGGACUUCUGACACCCACAAGAAUGCUUUGAAAAUAACGCAAGCCGAAGCGACCACCAUUGGGGCAAGUUUCACCUCAAAGAAUUUUAGCAAUUUUCAAGCAUCUGGCAUCGUAGUUGAGGGACAAAAAUAUCAAUUUUUGCGCGAGGAAGAUGGCAAGCUGGUUCUGGCCAAGAGCAAAGGUCUGGGAGGUUUGACACUACAAGCCUCAAAAACUGCAAUUGUAAUAGGCCACUGCCCUGAAGGCAAGCAGCAGGGAAAUGUUAACAAGGGUGUAGCCAACAUUGCAGAGUACCUUGAGACGCAGAACAUGUAGAAGCUGAUGAUAGAGAUCAAGAUGAUACUGAAUGUUUGACCAACAACCUAACAAAGAGCUGACAACAAUAAUUAUUAUUAUAUUUAAUAUUUUUACAUAUAUAUAUAUAUAUAUAUAUAUAUAUAUACAUGUAAUUAUGUAUUUAUAUAUAUAUAUUUAUAUAUAUACACGUAUACAUAAAUAUUAUUCAAAUUAAAAGACGUUUGUAUUCUUAAUUUUUCUUUCUUUCCAUUAUUCCCUCUAUUAAUAUUUUUAUAUUAUUAUUAUUAUCUGUAAUAAUUUUUGGUUGUUUAAAAUUUAUUCUGUCCUAUCUAUUUACAUUUCUAUUGUCUCCAGUUUUAUAUAUUUACCACUUAUAAAAUUAUUUCUUCCACUCCUUUCUUUGUUCUUUAUUAUGAAUAAAACCUUUUUUUAUGGAUGAUAAUAUUAAAUAAUCAAAAAUUAUGUCAUGUAUAUAUAUAUAUU